AUGAUGCAGGAACGCCUCAACGACGCUGCCAUCGCGCUGCACAGCGUGUUGAGUCGAGAGCAUGUUGCGUUUGGCAUAUUCGGCGGGUUUGCCGUAGCAACAUAUGGUGGAGUCCGAGAGAGUAAGGAUAUUGAUUGCCUGGCCUCUGUUUCCAAGGAGCAAAUCAUUCGUCUUCUCGACGGCAAAGCGGGUUUCCAAGUUAUCCCGCAAAGUCGCCAAGACUAUGUAGCGUUCCUCUGGUCCGAACACGCAAACAGACGCAAUUCUGUUCUGGUAGAAAUUUUCUGCGAGAAUUUCCCUGGCUCCCAAUACUCUAUGGCUCAUGUCCCGCGCAACGUCAUCUCCAUUGGGGGCGCGACCCUUGGCCAAGGAGAGGCUUGCUUCCUCGAGCCAUUCUAUCUCUUCAAGGGAAAGCUUCGUGCCUGCGCAACGCGAUUCAAGUUCCAUGAUGCCGCUGACUUGAGAAUGCUGGCGGGCAAGUACCAGGCAAGCUUGAAGCCGCGGGCCCACGAGCUCAAUCUCGAGUACGUGGGGCUAGCAAUGAAGCGCUAUCCUGAACUCUAG